AUGUCUCAGGAUCAGGAGAGAUUACAGUGUGCACAUUAUCAGCAACUUCAUUCCCACAGUGAGUCCCAGGACCUGGAGGUUUCUCAGAUCUCCCAGGCUUUGGAGGUGACCUUUCUCUCCUCCUCCCAUUCUAUAAUGUCUGACAACAUGAAAGAGGCUUCUCCUUCUAAGAAAACCAGUACUCCCGACAGUACUCAAAGUUUCUGCUCCUCUUCUAUUGCCAACGCAGUCACUUCAUCAAACAAACCUGAUGAGAUCUCCAGUAGCCAAGAUGAAGAGGAUGUUUCAAGCAUCUCACAAGCUGUACCAGAUCCUGAGAAUGUGCCCAUUGAUACUCUAGAUAAGAAAGUGGCUUUGCUGGUGAAUUUCAUGUUGCUUAAGUAUCAAACAAAAGAAUCAAUUAGAAAGGAGGAUAUGUUGAAGAUUGUCAUCAGAGAGGAUGAAGACCACUUCUCUGAGAUCUUCCUCAGAGCCACUGAACGCAUGGAGAUGAUCUUUGGCCUUGAUGUGAAAGAAGUGGAUCACAUCAGCCACUGUUAUGGCCUCUUCAUCAAAUUGGGCCUCACUUAUGAUGGGAUGCUGGGUGAAGACAGCCAGCCCAAGACCGGCCUCCUGAUUCUUAUCCUGGGAGUGAUCUUCAUGAAGGGCAACCGUGCCACUGAAGAGGAAAUAUGGGAAGUGCUGAAUUUGAUGGGCAUAUAUUCUGAGAGGAAGCACUUCAUCUUUGGAGAUAUCAAGAAAUUCAUCACCAAGGAGUUGGUGAAGGAAAAAUACCUGGAGUACCGGAAGGUGGCCAACAAUGAUAUUGCUCAAUAUGAAUUUCUUUGGGGCCCACGAACCUAUGCUGAAACCAGCAAGAUGAGAGUCCUGGAGUUUUUGGCCAAGGUUCAUGGGACUGACCUGAGUGCUUUCCCUUCUCAAUACAAGGAGGCACUGAAAGAUGAAGAACAGAGAGCUCAAGCCAGAAAUUCCAUCAGGGAUGACUCUACUUCCAUGGGCACUGCAAGUUCCACUGCUGUAAGCAGCAGCUUCUCCCACAUCUAGGGAAGUCAGAAAUAGAUUCUUCAUGUAUGUUUGAGGAGAGCAUUUAGUGUUCAAAGAAUGUAGUUUCA